CCCUCCCAAACUGCCCAAAACUCUCUCCUUUUUCCCUCCCCUUGAAAUUUCCCCCCAAACGGCCAAACCCCAACCCCAAAAUCCCAAUAUCACCCCACCCCUAAACCCUAAUUCCACCUCAAUUAAUGGGCGCACCGACACCAGAAAUCAACGAGCCCGACGCCAUGGACGUAGACGGCGGAGGAUCGCCCGCGCCGGCGAAGAGGCCGCGGCUGUUCAUCAAAGAAAUGGUGCUCCGCAACUUCAAAUCCUACGCUGGAGAGCAAAGAAUUGGCCCCUUUCACAAGAGCUUUUCUGCUGUUGUGGGGCCCAAUGGGAGUGGGAAGAGCAAUGUCAUUGAUGCGAUGCUCUUCGUUUUCGGAAAGAGAGCUAAACAGAUGCGGUUGAAUAAAGUUUCGGAGCUUAUACAUAAUUCCAGCAACCACCAGAACCUGGAGAGCGCUGGAGUUUCUGUUCACUUCCAAGAAAUUAUUGAUCUUGAUGAUGGAAAUUAUGAAGCUAUUAAAGGAAGUGACUUUUCCAUUACCCGAGUGGCAUUUCGAGACAACUCUUCGAAAUACUACAUCAAUGAUCGCGGAAGUAACUUCACUGAGGUCACAAAGAAGUUGAAAGGAAAAGGAGUGGAUCUGGACAACAAUCGAUUUUUAAUCCUUCAGGGAGAAGUGGAGCAGAUAUCACUAAUGAAACCAAAGGCUCAAGGGCCCCAUGAUGAAGGCUUCUUGGAAUAUCUUGAAGACAUAAUUGGAACAAACCAGUAUGUGGAAAAGAUUGAAGAAGCUUGUAAACAGCUUGAAGACCUGAAUGAUAAGCGUUCUGGUGCAGUUCAACUGGUAAAAUUAGCUGAGAAAGAAAGAGAUAGCUUGGAGAAUGUCAAAAAUGAAGCAGAGGCCUACAUGUUGAAGGAACUAACCCUCACAAAAUGGCAAGAGAAGGCAACCAAAUUGGCCUUUGAAGAUGCUAUGGCACAUGUUACGGAGUUGCAAGAGAAUGUUUCAAAAUUGGAAGGAAACCUCAGAAAUGAAAGGGAAAAGAUUCAAGAAGAUCAUAAAAGGUUGAAGGAACUUGAAGGUGUUCACAACAAACACUUGAAAAAACAGGAGGAACUUGAUACUGAGAUGAGGACUUGCAAAGAACAAUUUAAAGAGUUCGAGAGGCAGGAUGUUAAAUAUAGAGAAAAUUUUAAGCAUUUGAAGCAAAAAAUUAAGAAAUUAGAGGACAAAAUCGGAAAGGAUUCGUCCAAAAUUGAUGAGAUUGUUAAAGAGAAUGAGGAAUCAUCAGAUAUGAUUCCAAAACUUGAGGAAGAGUUGCCCAAACUACAACAGCUCCAUCUUAAUGAGGAAAAACUCUUGGAAGAAAUUAAAGAGAGCUCUAAAGAUGAAUCCGAGAGGCAUCGUGCUGAGCUCAUGGAAGUCCGUGCAGAACUAGAACCUUGGGAAAACCAACUGAUUGAGCAUAAAGGAAAACUUGAUAUUGCACGUUCAGAGAGCAAGCUUCUAAAGGAGAAGCAUGAUGCUGGCCGCAAAACUUUUGAGGAUGCACAACUUCAGAUGGACGAUAUACUGGAAAAAAUCAAAGAAAAAAGUACAUUAAAAAAUGAUGUUCAAACUAAAAUCCAGAAAAACAAGCUUGAAGCAUCAGAAGCUCGUAGGUUGGAACAGGAAUGCAUUAAAGAGCAAGAAUCACUUAUUCCUCUUGAGCAAGCAGCAAGGCAGAAAGUAACUGAGAUCAUGUCAGUUCUGGAAUCGGAGAAAAGUCAGGGGUCUGUUCUAAAAGCAAUUUUGCAGGCUAAGGACUCAAAGGAAAUAGAAGGGAUUUAUGGUCGCCUUGGGGAUCUUGGUGCAAUAGAUGAAAGAUACAAUGUUGCCAUAUCAACUGCUUGUCCAGGCCUUGAUUAUAUUGUGGUUGAGACGACAGCUGCAGCACAAGCAUGCGUUGAGUUACUUAGGAGAAAGAACCUUGGAAUUGCAACUUUUAUGAUACUGGAAAAACAAGUGGAUCAUUUGCAUAAGUUGAAGGAGAGAGUUAAAACCCCUGAAGAUGUUCCACGCCUUUUUGAUCUCAUUACUGUCAAAGAUGAACGUUUGAAGCUCGCCUUUUUUGCUGCAAUUAGGAACACUGUUGUAGCAAAGGAUCUUGAUCAGGCAACUAGGAUUGCAUAUGGUAAGGACAUAGAAUUUCGUCGAGUAGUGACACUGGAGGGAGCGCUCUUUGAAAAGUCUGGGACAAUGAGUGGUGGUGGAAGCAAACCACGGGGUGGUAAGAUGGGUACAUCGAUUAGGGAAAGCGUAUCAGGAGAAGCUGUUGCAAAUGCUGAGAAAGAGCUUGCUGAGCUGGUGGAGCAGCUUGACAGUUUACGUAAACGAAUUGCUGAUGCGGCAAGGCGUUACCAGGUUGCUGAGAAAGCUGAAGCCCGACUGGAGAUGGAACUAGCAAAAUGUCAAAAGGAGAUUGAUAGUCUGAAUGCACAACACAGUUACAUAGAAAAGCAGCUUCAUUCGCUGAAGGUUGCAUCAGAACCGAAGAAAGACGAGCUGGAUAGACUUAAGGAGCUCGAUAGACUCAUACAUGCUGAGGAAAAGGAACUAGAGAAGCUUUCUAAAUGCUCUGCUACACUUAAAGAGCGAGCCUCAGAUCUUCAGAAGAAAAUAGAAAAUGCAGGUGGUGAAAGGCUAAAAAACCAAAAAUUAAAGGUCACAAAGAUCCAAUCUGAUAUUGAUAAAACAAGUACUGAAGUCAAUCGUCACAAAGUUAAGAUAGUUACAGGUGAGAAAAUGAUUAAAAAGUUAACCAAAGGCAUAGAGGAAUCUAAGGUAGAGAAAGAAAAAGCAGUAGGCGAGAAGGAGAAAAUGGUAGCUGUUUUCAAAGAGGUUGAACAAAAGGCUUUUCUAGUUCAAGAAAACUACAAGAAAACUCAAGAGCUUAUUGACAAGCAUAAGGUUGUGCUGGAUGAGACAAAGGCAGAUUACAACAAGUUAAACAAAACUAUGGAAGAGCUACGGGCUUCUGAGGUUGAUGCUGAGUAUAAAUUGCAAGACUCCAAGAAACUCUUAAAAGAAUGGGAAAUGAAGGUAAAGGCAUUCAAAAAGAGACUUGAUGAUAUACAGAUGAAUCUUGUGAAGCACAUGGAUCAGAUUCAGAAAGAUGCAGUUGAUCCUGAAAAACUUCAGUUAACACUAAAGGAUGCAGCACUAGAUGAUGCUUGUGACAUGAAACGAGCGAUGGAGAUGGUGGCAUUGCUGGAAGCACAAUUGAAAGACAUGAAUCCAAACUUGGACUCCAUUUCUGAAUAUCGGAGGAAGGCUCAUGUUUACAAUGAACGUGUCGAAGAACUCAAUGUUGCGACACAAGAGCGAGAUGAUCUGAAAAAGCAUUAUGAUGGAUUGAGAAAGAAAAGGUUGGAUGAGUUCAUGGCAGGGUUUAAUGUUAUAUCUCUAAAGUUGAAGGAGAUGUAUCAGAUGAUUACUCUAGGAGGGGAUGCAGAACUAGAACUCGUCGAUUCUUUGGACCCUUUCUCAGAAGGUGUUGUUUUCAGUGUACGUCCCCCAAAGAAAAGCUGGAAGAAUAUUGCUAAUCUAUCCGGUGGUGAGAAGACGCUCAGUUCAUUGGCUCUUGUAUUUGCUCUCCAUCACUACAAGCCAACUCCGCUUUAUGUUAUGGAUGAGAUAGAUGCCGCUCUGGAUUUCAAAAAUGUGUCAAUAGUGGGUCAUUAUGUGAAAGAUCGGACAAGAGAUGCUCAAUUUAUAAUUAUAAGCCUGAGGAAUAACAUGUUUGAGCUUGCGGAUCGACUUGUUGGCAUUUACAAGACAGACAACUGUACUAAAAGUAUUACUAUCAAUCCCGGUAGUUUUGUUGAUUGUGGGAAAGCUGCCUGAAAGUAAACACCGUUGUCCUCUGGAAUGUGGAGCCUCUGUGCUACAAGCUCUGUAGCUAUAUGUUGCGCAAUUUGUUGUAUAAUCUUAUGAUCAGAUGGUUUAUAACGGAACUUUAUUUAUACAUAUGUUUGCAUAUGCAAGCCAUGUUUGUAAGUUAAUUUGGUUUGUGCACUAGAAUAUCAUAGUGGAGCGUUUGGGAAUGAAAAGCUGUUCUUUGA